CAAACCUCAAUGAUGUGUUUUGUUGUUUGCUCCCCUCCACAAGCACACACUGGGCUUGGGCUGCUGCCCCACCUGUGGAGACUGGCCUGAAUCUGCUGAGGGUUGACCCCUGCCUCCGUGGCAGGUUGGUGCGGGACCUGCUAAGUUGGGUCUGACACCAGGGUUGAUUUUUGUUUUGUUUGGGGCAUCCUUGGGCUCACAUUCCUUUUAAGCCCACGGUUUAGUCGGGUGGUGAGUUUUUCUUUUCCAGGGAGACGAGCAGUAGGUGGAUUGAAGAUGUCUGGACUUGUAGACGACGGGAACCUUUGACCAUCUUUAUAGCAUCCUUUGAGGGAACUGACAACAACAACAAUAACAACAAUAACAACAACAACAACAAUCUCUGCCACAGCUCUGACAUCUGCUAUGAAAGAUUGUUUUCCCCGAUGUGGACACUGUGAGUCUAUGUGCUAUAGACACACACACGCACGCACACGCAGCUGAAUAGGUGUGUGUUUGCAUCAGUCACAUGUAAAAGGACAGUGUCACCCGGCCCUCACACACCAGGCCUAUUGUCAGAGCUGACGUCAUGGCUUGUGCUAGGAGGGAAGAGGACUGGGCACGGGACAUGAGCAAGUGGGACUGAGUUAGCAACACUGAGGAACAACAAACAUCAAAAUGGUAAGAAACGCAGUUUCUUCUUGUAACCUUUUUACAUAAUUUGGUCUCUGGUGACUUGUCUGUGUACUCAGAGAUGGUUAGGACUUCCUUUUUGGAUAUUCUCAACGGAUGAUGGAUGUCUUGUGUGUGUUUGAAGACUGUCGACACUGUGAGGUUCGCUGUGGGAGUUCUUGGUGUCUUUGGAUGCUUUCUGACACUCUCCUCAGCCAGCCAAGUGGGUCUGAGCAACAAAGUCCUGGUGUUUCCUUACGAGACGGACUUCAGCUUCGUGGCCCUGAUCCCGCAGAAGGAGAUGGGGCUCACGGCCUUCACUCUGUGCAUGCGCGUGGCCACCGAGCUGCCGGAAGACCGCCAGAUCAUCCUGUUCGCCUACCGCACAGCCGACUACGAUGAGCUCAACGUGUGGCGUGAGAAGGACGGACGUGUCUCCUUUUACAUGAGCGGCGAUGGCAUCAUCUUCCACCUGCCGCCGCUCACCACAUUCCGCACCAGCCUCUGCCUGACCUGGGAGUCUCGCACGGGCCUGGCUGCUUUCUGGGUGGAAGGGAAACGCAGCACCUACCAGGUUUACAAACCCGGGCACACCAUCCGUCCAAAAGGCACCGUCCUCCUGGGGCAGGACCCGGACAAACACCUGGGGGGUUUGGAAGCCGUGCAGAGCUUUGUAGGGGAGAUGUCUGAUCUGAAUAUGUGGGACUCUGUGCUCUCCAGGAGCAUGAUCCAGGCCUGGCACUACGGGCACAAGGUCCCCAAGGGAAACAUCUUCGACUGGGGCACCAUGGAGUACGAGCUGAACGGUAACGUGAUGGUGGUGGAUGAUGAUUGACUCAGUGUGGAGUCGAAUGCAGAGAGGGACGAGGCUUUAGAGGUCUGUGUUGGACUGAUACUGAUAUGUAAAUUUCUUUCUUAGAUUGUGUUGUUUUAUGUUAGGGCCCUUCAACCGUUCUUCCAUAAAGCCCACAAGUCUCUUGACCUCUGGAUGAUUAGGUAAAGAAAAUAGAAAAGAUCUUGUCUGAGUAUCCACCUAUAUGUAUGCAGCAUUCUGCACUGAGGAUAAAGCUAAUACUUUGUGGUCCACAGAAGUCUGUGGUUUUACACCAUUAACCUUUUGCUAAACACUAACUCAGUUUAGAAUCAAUGUGUUGUUCUUAUAUUUGCAUUUUAAAAGUGUUACUUGUCUUUGUAUCUCAAAGCUUCAUCCGUUGAUAGAACCAAUCGGUAAAUAUAACAAAAAGUAGAUGUGCCAGACGUAUCCAUAGGGUGGCACUCUGUACUAGUUCACAUCAAACAGAAACUCUGUGUCAAGCGAUAUGAUUUGGCAUCCUUAUGAACUGAGGGUAUUUACGAGGACACCAAAAUCUGAUUAAAAUGCUGCUUAUAUAACGUAUUCAAGAACACAUUUCUCCACCUUAUAGUGAUAUGUUUUCUCUAUGGACAACUGCAAUUACAAGUAAAAAUUUAUUAAAAAACCCUCAAAAACAGGAAUAUUUCCAAACAUCUGGUAUCAUACAUGCAAUUAGUAUAUUUGUUUGUUUGAUGCUAUUGAUAAUAAAAUAAGUGAAGCGGAUAGUAAAACAGUCAACUGGGAGUUGCAUUAUUUCUACUGUAGACUUAAUGAUUUAACUGCACUCGGAGACAAAUAGCAAUUAUCAUGUUUAAUAUCCAUCGCCAUAAUGUUGCCUUUGGUUAGCGUACUCACUCAUGAAUUUUCCAUGUUUCAACUGAUGUAAGAAUGCUUUUGGGUCUGAAAUAAAAUCUUUCCAUAUGCAUAACU